CGUCCUCUCCAUCAUCGUGGCUCCGUUUCUGCUCUUCUUCCUAAUCGAGAUGCACGGGUCGUGCGGUGACUGGAUUUCCGUGCAAACAGGAGCCAUGACUAAGUGAUUCUGUCCUUCCUAAAGUCCUACCUAGAAUUGAUUCAGAAAUGUGUGAUAGAGUCCAGUCGCUAAGGAAUGACAACCUGCAAGAGGAUGUUUUGGUCGGAGUAUAGAAGAGUUUCUGUGAGUACUGUUAUCUUUUUCCAGGGUCGUGCGGUGACUGGAUUUUCGUGCAAACAGGAGCCAUGACUAAGUGAUUCUGUCCUUCCUAAAGUCCUACCUAGAAUUGAUUCAGAAAUGUGUGAUAGAGUCCAGCCGCUAAGGAAUGACAACCUGCAAGAGGAGGCGCCGGCUGAUGGAAACGCCAACGAUAUCAGGACGGACGGCGGCGGGAGAAUGGGCGGUGGCAGCGCUCUGUCCGACCAGGACAAGGUGGUCAUCUGGGGUACGGACUCCCCGUGUGACGACCCCGAGCUGGCAGAGUUCGAGAUGCUGGAGUGUCAGGAGCUGGAGGCCUGCCUGGUGGAGGAGGGAGAGGAUUUUGUCGGGCUACAGGAGCGCAACAAUCCGCCGCCUUCGAGCAGCAGAACCGCAGAAGAACCGGCGACUGAUCAGUCUGAUGGUUUUGCUUCUGUGGACAACAAGGGAAAGACGUGCAAGACAGAAAAUACCCCAAAAAGACGCGAGUCCUGCGUGGAUCUGAAUCUCAACUCCACUGUUUGCUCAAAGGAUCCUGAAGCCAAAAAGGAGGAGGAGCACAACAGGAACAAUAACCACUUAAAUAAAGCUUUGAAAGGUGCUUCACCCGUCAAAAACACUAAAAGCAAGAAAAGCACACAAGCAGACGAGCCUUAUGAAGGCAACGCUAGCCCUCGGAAAACCAAAGGAUCUCCGCCCAAAGUUGUCAAGAAACAAGCAUCCUGUGAUACCUCCUUGAAAAAGCAGAACUCCUUUGAGAGAAGCUUGAAAAAGCCGCCCGUGUUUGAGUACACCUUCAAGAAGCAGCUCUCCUUUGAUAACUCCGCAAAGAAGCCGCAGAGCUCCUUCGAGAUCGCCUCGCGCUCCUCCAGCCUGGAGAGGAAGAAGCCGUGGGGGAGCCCCAGUCGCACGGCGACCCCGUCGUCAUCGCCCAGGAAACAACCUCCUGCCUCUCCGGCCAAGGUGUCCAGUGUCCAAGCGGCCCUUCACGGCUCACCUCAAAGAAAUUCAACGACAAAACCACCUAAGACACAUAGGGGCAGUGGGAUCCCCAAACCUGUAGCUCCUGUAGACAUCAAGAGGUCCUCUCCUCCCACUAAGCCCAAAAAUGUCCGUCCAAAAAUCAUCACCUGCAUACGCAAGAAUCCACACGGAACUGAUCCCCCACUCUCCUAUACUCCGGCUCAUGCAGAGCCAAGGGUUGGACCUUCAUAUAAAGUCUCCUACAGCACCAUAUUUGACAAGUACAGGCAGGAGCUGUCUGGACAUUGUCCUUCUGGGCUUAAACCUUCUAGUCAUCAUGAGGACACCCAAUGUCCCCAAGAGCAGCACUACCUUCAAGAUGGAGGCUAUCACUCCCCCAGGGCGGCGAGGCCUCAGCUCGGGUUGUGUGCUGUCACCAGACAACCUGCAGCCAAAGCACGACUCCCACCGACAGGUCAAAGGGAGUCCACAGGAGACCAAAAACGGUCGGCUCCAGAGCUCCCCUCAAGGAAUCUACCCAUCAAAUCGGGACAAACUGGUCUCCGUUCCCCGGGCUUCUCCACGCUACCAAGUGCUCGAAACGCCGCCGUGGGUGUCGCCAGAAGUGUGUCGUCUUUGUCCGGCGGCCAGAUUAACGACAACAAUACCAGCCAGACUUCUCAGCCUUCUCGAAAAGAGACGAAAGACGCGGACAAGUCGUCGCCUAAAACGUGUGCGGGGCUUUCUCCCAAGUCUCAGUCCCCUGCCCGCGGGCGCACGACGGUGCGAGCGUGCGGCGCUGAGCGGGCGCAGGAAGUGGACCGGGCACUGAUCAAGCUGCUGAGGGAGCGAUGUGAGCAGCAAGGCCGCCAGCUGCAAAGUCUGCAGGCCCAGCUCAAGAAGGCCUCGCUCUGCAUGGACGUGUUCGCCAUCACCACACAGCACUUCUGUCACAAGAGUGAGAUUGCUGCUGUGACAGAAGGGGAACUCUCCCAGGAGCUCGCCAGGAUCAGGGAUGAAGUUGCUUUCAGCGUGGCCCACUGGGAGCAGCUGCAGCGAGAGAAGCAGGAACUGGAGUGGCGUUUUGAGGCGGAGCUUGGGGACUUGCGAGCUCAGCAGCAGAGCGAGCUGGGAGCGCUGGAGGAGCGGCUGAGAGUCCAGCACACGGCCGAGACCAGGAGCCUGAGGGCCCUCCAGCGCGCCCAGCUAGGUCACCUGAGGGAGCGGCAGCAGGAGCAGAUGGAGGAGAUGAAUGAAAACCAGCAGGCGUCCAUCGUGGACAUGGAGAGCGCUCACAACCACACUCUGGACACCCUGCAGGAGGAGCAUGCCAGGACUCUGACAAACCUGAAGAUGGCUCACGAGCAGCACAGGAAAUCUAUGGAAGAAGACUUUGAGAAAAUCAGACUCUCAUUACAGGAUCAAGUGGACAUGCUGACCUUCCAGAACAGAAGUCUGAGGGACCGAGCCAAGCGCUUUGAGGAAGCUCUUCGUAAAAGCACCGAUGAGCAAAUAGUGGACGCAUUAGCGCCGUACAAACACAUCGAGGAGGACCUAAAAAGUCUGAAGGACGUGUUGGGGAUGAAGAACCAACAAAUCCAUCAGCAGGAGCUGAAGAUCACCGAGCUGGAGAAAAUACAGGCUGAAAGGAACGUUCAGCUGGAGGAGCGCGUGCAGGUUCUACAGCAGCAGAACGAGGACCUGAAGGAACGCAUCGACAAGAACCUGGCCGUGUCCAGGCAACUGUCGGAGGAGAACGCCAACCUGCAGGUGAACGUGGAGAAGGAGAACACGGAGAAGAAGCGUCUGAGUCGCACCAACGAGGAGCUGCUGUGGCGUCUCCAGACGGGCGAGCUGAGCCCGCGCAUGUCGCCCAGCUGCUCCCCCGUCCACCGCCCGCCCUCCUCGGGACCCGGCUCACCCGCACGCCCGCACUCCUUCCACCAAUGACCUUCACCCACUUGCUGCCUGCCUCCCCCCCUUCUCACCCUGCAGGUGCACACUUGACUCUUUCUAAAGACGCCUCCUUGUGGUGCAUUUUUAAAAUGUGUACAAACUGCACACAUGAACUAAGACUACUAUUUGCACCUACACAUGAACUAAGACUAUUUGUGUUUACACAUGAAUAAAGACUACUAUUUGUGUGUACACAUGAACUAAGACUAUUUGUGUUUACACAUGAAUAAAGACUACUAUUUGUGUGUACACAUGAACUAAGACUACUAUUUGUGUGUACACAUGAACAAAGACUACUAUUUGUGUGUACACAUGAACAAAGACUACUAUUUGUGUGUACACAUGAACAAAGACUAGUAUUUGUGUGUACACAUGAACAAAGACUAGUAUUUGUGUGUACACAUGAAUAAAGACUAGUAUUUGUGUGUACACGUGAAUAAAGACUAGUAUUUGAACAAAGGUGACCUGACUGUCAUUUUGCCUUCAUUGGUCAUCGAGCACUCAGGACGAUACUGUACAGGUCGAUCAUAGGUUGAUAUCAGGACACGAUGGCGUCCAGCAGUGACCUCCAUCAAGCGUCAUGUUUGUCUGCAGUUUAACAGCACGGGUGUUGACAUGCACGACCUGUGACCUUCUUACUUAGCGGGUCCAAUAACGUUCCUGUCUAGAAGUGUUCUGCAGCAAAUCAGUGGUAUCCGGUGCCUUGCUCAGGGGCGCCUCAGCCAUGAGUUGUAUCUCACAGGAAUGGAACUCGAGAACGUUCGAUCACAGGCCAUAUUUUGACGUGACGAACACGCGACGAGAUGAAAAGCGUAGAGGCUGGCUACUCAGUACAAUAUGGCGACGCCAACAAUAUAAAAAUCAUAAAUGUUGCACUCUAUUUUCAUUUUGCUAACAUUCUUCUUGCUACAGCAUUGAAAUCCAAACUGUUCUGAUGAAUGAAUAAUGAUGCAGGUCAAUAAUUGCUGUAAUGCUCAUUUUACUUGAUAAACAGAAACGGGUCCAGCAAUUUCAAUUUAUUAUGACAACUUAGUUAUUAGUUUUGUAGAUUAAAUCAUGUUUAAAUGUAGCAG